AUGUCCGACGAAACUCCAACCAACGGCGUGGUGACGCCCGUCACCUCGAAGAUCAGUGGGUUCGCGUUGACUGAGUAUACCGCCACUCCGACGCCGCCCUCUGAGCGCGAGCAACGUACUCCUGGCUUGCCUCCUAAUUGGGGCAUUCCCGAAGCUUUCCUGCUUCCCAAUGGCUAUCCGGAUUAUCUCCGGUUGAUUUUGACCUCAAGAGUUUACGAUGUUAUUGAAGAGAGUCCUCUGACCCAUGCGGUCAACCUGAGCAACCGGUUGGAGACCCGAGUUCUUCUCAAGCGCGAGGACUUGCUGCCCGUGUUUAGUUUCAAGCUCCGUGGCGCCUACAACAAGAUGGCUCAUCUGAACAAUGAACAGCGGUGGAAGGGUGUCAUUGCUUGCUCUGCGGGCAAUCAUGCGCAGGGUGUUGCCUUUUCUGCUCGCAAGCUGAAGAUCCCCGCUACUAUCGUUAUGCCCUCUGGCACCCCCGCCAUUAAGCAUCUGAAUGUUGCUCGGUUGGGAGGAAGUGUUGUUCUGCACGGAAUGGAUUUCGAUGCCGCUAAGGAUGAAGCCCACAAAUUGGAGAAGCAGCAUGGGUUGACCAACAUUCCUCCAUUCGAUGAUCCCUAUGUCAUUGCUGGUCAAGGUACCAUUGGUAUGGAGCUUUUGCGCCAAGCAAACCUGGACAAGCUGGAAGCAGUAUUCUGUGCUGUUGGUGGAGGUGGUCUGAUUGCCGGCAUCGGUGUUUACCUCAAGCGCAUCGCACCCCAGGUGAAGGUCAUCGGUGUUGAGGCUUACGAUGCCAAUGCCAUGGCUCAGUCCCUCGAUACUGGUAACCGAGUCUUCCUCAAGGAGGUCGGCCUCUUUGCAGAUGGUGCAGCAGUCAAGUCCGUUGGCGAGGAGACUUGGCGUCUCAGCCGCGAGGUGAUCGACGAUAUCAUCCAGGUGAGCACCGACGAGACCUGUGCAGCCAUUAAGGACGCCUUCGAGGAUACCCGUUCCAUCGUCGAGCCCGCCGGUGCUCUCGCUCUUGCCGGUCUUAAGAAAUACAUCGCCAGGAACCCCAGCGCCGACGUCAAUCGCGAGCUGAUUGCCAUUACCUCCGGUGCGAACAUGGAUUUCGACCGUCUGCGCUUUGUUGCUGAGCGCGCUGCUCUUGGUGAGAAGAAGGAGGCUCUUCUGAGCGUUAAGAUUCCCGAGAAGCCCGGCGCCUUUGCCAAGCUCGUUGAGAUUGUUCUUCCCCACGCUGUUACUGCUUUCAACUACCGCUAUGCCCGCGAAGAAUCCGCUGAUGUGCUGAUGGGUAUCUCGCUAUCUGCCUCUACCGGUCGCGAAGAUCUGGCCAAAAUCAUGACACAACUGGAGCAGGGAGGUAUGGACUGCCGUGAUUUGAGUGAUGAUGAACUCGCCAAGCGCCAUCUGCGCUUCCUCGUCGGUGGCCGCUGCGAGGUGGCCGAUGAGCGCAUCUUCAUGUUCGAGUUCCCCGAGCGUCCAGGUGCUCUCGCCAAGUUCCUCACCACCCUCCGUCCUGAACAAAAUAUUUCUCUGUUCCACUACCGUAACUACGGCGGUGAUGUUGGCAAGGUUCUCGCUGGUAUCCAGUGUCCAUCGCCUGAGAAGGAGGAUCUGGAGGCAUUCCUUCAGGAUUUGGGCUAUCCUUUCAGUGAGCACACUGAUUCACCCACUUACAAGACCUUUUUGCGUUCCGAAUAA